AUGGAUUCCCAGAACCAGCAAUCACCUCCGGGUAACGAUGAAGGCCACAUGGCGAACCAACAGUUUGCACCGCAGCCACCACUAAACGAAUGGCUCGACCCACUGCUCGUGGGCGACGAAGUACUCGAGCUCCCGCCGAACGACGGGUUUGGGAUGAACCCAAUCGACGAGGAGGUUGCUCAGAACCCCAUCGGUCAACAAUUUGUUCAGCCACCAGCGGAAACCAUUGUCCAAAUAGACAGUAUAAUCGCUAAGGUCGUCGGCACGGACCGCCAUGAGGCAUAUUGGUCCAUCCUUGAUGACAUAUAUUACUUCCUCCGAGACCAUCGAUGGUCUUCCAUUCCAAAUACGCACGGAAACUUUCGCUCGCGCAACUCAAUCGAAGCCUCCUACCGCGCUGCGGGACCCCCUCCCGCCUAUGUACCGCCCGGCUGGCCCCUCUACGAGGCUAGGACAUUCUCUGUAGGCAAAGAGGACAUCAGACAACUCGUCCAGGACAAUAUGCAAUUUGCCUUCGACGCCUUCACGUGGGCUGCUUUUAUAGACAGAUUUGGCACCUUGGAGGUUACCUACGCCAACCUGGGUCAGACACGACCCAUCAUCGCCGGCCUCCACGCGAAGUUGGCCCUCCAUGAGCAACAGGGAGUUAGUUGGGACACCAACAAGCACGGCGCUGUUGACCAGGUUUUGGGGGACUUGGUAUAUAAGAACGAGCCCGAGUUCCUCGCCGGCGAAGAGUGGGAGAAGAGGCAGAAAAGCCAUCAAGUUCGUACUAGUUACGGCUUUUCACAGGCUGCAUUCGCGGAUGCUCCGAGGCUUCCGGAGCAAGAAAGGGCGGAAGUUCUCAACCUCGUCAUCGAUGGCCUCAACGAGCGAAAUAUCGUUGAUAAAGCCAAGCAUACGACUAAGAAUGGAGAGAGAGACAAUCAUGUGCUCGUAGAGAAGAGACAUAUGUCUCUGUUCAACAUGGAGUCUACGGGAUGGAAGGCUAUGCGUGCUUUGAAGAAAGUCUCGUUGGGAGUGCCCGACAUCGGGGUUUUCAAUUUGGACUUUGUCUUUAAGCCAUACGACUCCUUUGGCGCUCGUCUCCGCGACUUCCGAACCCUCAUUGAAUCGUCGAAGGCGGCGGUUACCAAUACGGUGGAGACACCUUCUAUGAUACGCUAUGCUGGUAGGCCCUCCAGUGAGCUUACUACCAAGAAGUGGAACAAGGCUGGCAGUGACAGGAAGGCCACCGAGCCCGCUUUUGCGAGCGAGGCCAGAAGGAACCAAGUCGCCGCAGGGCAGGUGGCAGAUGCCGCACAAGGACAUGCCGCACAAACGAAUGGCACACAAACCAAUGCCGAACAAGACAAUGGGGCAUCAGAGUCAGCGCAAGCACAUCCUCAAACCCCCCUUGACGAGGAUGGCCAGGGUGCGGCUCUGACGGCUGCCGAGGGACCCAACGUUGAGGACAACUACAUUGCCGCCGGCGUUAAGAGAACACGUAUCUCAGACGGCGAGGAGGAUGAGCGUUCUCUCUAG